AUGUUGUCCAUAUAUCAAGCAGCAUAUGAGGGAAAGCUAUUCAUCGUUCAACAAAUGCUCGAGAAGGAAGAAGGUUUAAUCAACUCCUUUGAUGAGGAUGGACGUAAUGCUCUUCAUUGGGCAGCUUCAGGAGGGCAUGCAGACAUCGCAGAUUAUUUAAUCAAGAAGGGAGCCGUUGUAAACAGCCAAGAUAAAGAGGCGGGAUGGACACCAUUGAUGAUUGCUGUGUCUGCCGGUCAUUUGGAAGUUGUCAAAUUGCUAUUGCAAAAUGGGGCAGAUCCAUCGUUGGAGAAUGAGACAAAGCAAUCUGUAUUGCAUUACGCUGCAUCCAAGAACAGAAUUGAGAUUGCCAGAUUGUUGAUUGAACAUCAAGCGCCCGUGAAUCAAUUGAACAGAUACAAGCAAACUCCGUUGCAUCGUGCUGCCUGCGGAGGAUACAUAAAGAUUAUUCAACUAUUAUUAGAUGCGAAAUCAAGAGUUAACCCUAAAGAUUCUCAAGGCAAUACACCUUUGCACAAUGCAUGUGAGGAAGGACACGGUGAUUGCGCGUUACUUUUGAUCGAACAUAAUGGCAAUCUGGAUACUCUCAACGCAGAUGGCAAAUCACCUAUUGAACUGUGUCCAACAAACCAAGUUAAAUCUUUCAUUUUGAACGCUGUACAAGACUAA